UCCUUAUUACGGGAGCUCCAUGAAUGAGGCGCUCAUAGCGCACCGACAUCAAUUCUUUUUCACUGAUUUAUUUUUUGACUCCCACGACGGACCUCGCCGAAUAGGAGGGACUUCUCGUAGUCUACAACUUACCAUGCAAGGUCCUCGGAUGUGGUAUCAGUUUUUCUUGGCUUUACAGUAUGCGCUGCAAGGUAUAUUAUAUGGCCUUCAACUAAGAUAUCUUCCCAUAAUUCUGCGCAAAUCUGGAUCGUCGCUUCUUCUCGUGGGAUCGCUGAAUCUGUUGACGUUUCCUUGGCUUUUAAAAUCUCUGUGGGCACCGAUUAUCGAUGCAUACGGAAACAAAACCUUUUGGCUCUCGAUAAGCUAUGCUGGAACUGCGCUUGCACUUCUACUGGCAAGGGUUGACAAUAGAAUUAUUUUUAUUUCCUCACUGGUAUUACUUAAUCUAUUCUCUGCGACGGUUGAUUUGACUCUCGGCAAAAUACUGAUAUCAAAAUUUCAUGGAGACCAACUGUCAAAUGCAAGUUCUCUUCAGAUUAUUGGCUACAAAGUUGGCUUUUUAAUAGGAGGCGGUCUGACCCUAUUGGCUGCGGAGUAUUUCUUAAUGGGAAAAAAAAUAUUCGUUGUCCUUGCGAUCUUAUAUUUCUUUCUGAUGGUGACACUUUUUGUCACGAAAAGCUACGUGACACCGGACGUUUGUCCUGAACCGGAAACAUCGCGUUACUCAGGAAGCACACGGAUGAGUGGGUUUUCGUGCACACCAGGUUUGCAAUGGAUGAUAGCGUGCGCGUGUAUAUAUAAAUAUGCGUCGCAUUCUUCACAGUCAAUAUUCACCAUGUUUCUGGUAGAUACUGGUGAGAGUCUGGGCCGUAUCGGAUUCCUGUCUGGAAUGGUUGGGCAGGGUAUCUCAAUAACUGUUGCUUCUGUUUGGGGAGUGGCUCUGUCUGCAAAACGGAUACUCCCUACGCAGCUUCUCAUUCUGACGUCCUUGUUAUCUGUUUGUUCAGUUGUCGCUCAGCUUUGUGCUGUCUGGUUGAAUGAUACAAAGUUCAUAGCUAUUGUAUACCUGUUGCUCAGUGUGGUUCAUGGCUCACAGGCCACUCCCGUCUAUACACUCAUGUUGCAAUGUUCCCAGAAUGCACCUCCGUCCGGGCGCACAACUUGUUAUUCUUUCCUGGGUACAUUGGAAAUUCUUGGUAAACAAUUGUCGUUGUUCAUGGCAGGAGUCUUAACAGAGACAUUGGGUUAUGUAGCUGCAUUGCACAUCUCACUUGCAGUUUCCUUUUUUGUUGUUAUUUUAGUUUGGCAUUGUCCAAAAUAUCUUAAAUACUCUUAAAAAAAGUUAAUUUCCAAAAGCAUUACAACCAAACGGAAAUGGUGAAAUCGUUGAAUUGAAAAAGUGGAGCACUCGUUCGAUUAUCAGUUUUAGUUGAGCUCUUUCAUGUAGUAAAAUCAAAUGACAAACGUCAAACAUCGAGUUAAGAGUCCACAUGUUUUACCUUUUUUCGAAUGAGGGAAUUUUUAUUUCUCCAUUGGUCAUGAAGUGUCCUUCAUGACCAACAAAAAAAAUUUCUUUUUCACUUUAAAACUCAACGCUUAAAAGGUCAAACCUGAAUGAUGUAAAAAAAACCUAGGUUUGGAUCCCUAAGCGCGCACCUUUCCUGCUCCAUUUUCCGUCCAGUUCUACGAA